AUGGAGCCCUCAAACAUACAGCCAGGUGAUGUUUCCCUGGUGAGUUCCUCCACGGCCGCCACAGUUGGCCAACAAUCGGGGUCAAGAAAACAUGCUCGAUGGAAUCGAGCGAAAAGGCAGACCUUUAUUGCAACCUGCGAGACUGCCAUUGUCGAAGGACAUCGCAUUGGCCGGUGUUUCACAAAACACGGCUGGGAACUUGCGAUGGCACUAUUCAACUCGGUGUCCGGGCAUAGCUGGACUAAACAACAACUCCUCAACCAUUGGGAUGCGAUGCGUCGACAGCAUAAACCUCUGUCGGAGCUACUUAAGGGUAGAAUUGUUGCCUCUGAGGAGUGGCAAAUGAGGAAUGCGAUUUUUUCAGCCCACAUGCUACUGAAUUGUGUUUUACAUAAGCAGAAGCCACUUCAUAGUGCACUUACUAAGAACAAGGAGUACAAGGAUUUCAAGGAUCGAGAUGUGAGCGACAUUUACAUUCGAUAUAGUUUGCUGUUAGGGGACAGUUACAGCAGUGAAAAGUACGCAAUUACCGUAAUAAAGCUGUGCAGAACUGGAUUCAAAUGUUUUGAGGAUAGUGCUCCUGAAGACCAUAGAGAUGUAAUACUUGUCGAGGGUGAGGGUAGCGGUUCAAGCGACAAGGGCGAUGGGAAUGGUAGCAAAAGCAUGAGCAUAUCGAGGCCCAAAAGUGGCGAUAAAAGGAAGUCGUCGACAUCGAAGCAGCGUGGGAAGAAAAAGCAUGUUUCGACUCGUAAACUAUCCUUCUCGAUCGAUCGGGCGAAUAGUGUCGAUGAGGUUGUGACGGCGAAGAUUAAUAGCAUCAUUGAUCCGACGGACAAUGCCAGAGCUGCAUGUGAGGAGGAAUUGCUUUCGACCGGUUGGCUAUAA